AGCUGGAGGCGGGGUGCGCUGCGGUGCAUGCCGGGACGCGGUUGCUCAUCUCCGCCUUCAGCCUCCAUCAGCCGCCGCUGACCUCUGACAGCAAACACGGAAGCAGCAUGGCGUCCAACGGCAGCAGCAGCAGCAGCAGAUCACAGCACAGGCUGAGGAUCAUCGCCGGACACUUGCAGAAGCGCACAGAAGAUCAACACACCAGUCUCUCCGCGCAAAACUGCAGAGCCGAGUCUCCCGGAUCCAGCCCGAGCCGCCAGACACCGGUGCCCAGGAGGAGGCAGGAAAUCAUGAAGUGGAACGGCUGGGGUUACAGCGACUCAAGAUUUCUGUUUAAUAAAAAGGGUCAAGCAGAGUUCACAGGCAAACGGUAUCGGUUGAGUGGGUUGAUUCUGCCGAGUCUGAAGGACUGGUUUGAAGGGACGUUUGGAGCCAGUUUACAGCAUAAAUCUCCUGCUACUUCGUCUCUGAAUGUGAGCGCAGUGUCGCCUCCAAACCUGAAUGAAGCAUUCUCUGAGGAUCUGAAAGCUGCAGGUCUGCUGGCGUCUCAUGAUGCGGAGGAUCGGGUUUUCCGAGCUCAUGGUCAUUGUCUGCAUGAGAUCUUUGCUCUGCGGGAGGGCAGGAUCGGCCGUGUGCCCGACAUGGUGGUUUGGCCCAGCUGUCACAGUGAUGUGGAGAAGAUUGUGGAUCUUGCCUGCAAACACAACGUCUGCUUGAUUCCCUACGGAGGUGGUACGAGUGUGUCCAGUGCUCUAGAGUGCCCUCAAGAGGAGACGCGUUGCAUUGUUUCUUUAGACACGUCUCAGAUGAACCGAAUAUUGUGGAUCGAUGAGAAGAAUCUGACGGCUCAUGUGGAGGCAGGAAUCAUCGGGCAGGAUCUGGAGAGACAGCUGAAUGAGCGAGGCUACUGUACGGGUCAUGAGCCAGACUCUAUGGAGUUCAGUUCUCUGGGCGGCUGGGUGGCCACACGGGCAUCAGGCAUGAAGAAGAACAUCUACGGCAACAUAGAGGACCUGGUGGUGCAUAUAAAGAUGGUGACCCCUAGAGGAGUGAUUGAGAAGAGCUGUCUUGGGCCCCGCAUGUCCACCGGCCCUGACAUACACCACUUCAUCAUGGGCUCUGAGGGAACUCUGGGAGUGGUGACUGAGGUCACGAUGAAGAUCCGACCCAUUCCUGAGUACCAGAAGUACGGCUCGGUGGUGUUCCCCAACUUCCAGCAGGGUGUGGCGUGUCUGAGAGAGGUGGCCCGACAGAGAUGUGCUCCAGCAUCUAUUCGGCUAAUGGACAACGAGCAGUUUCAGUUCGGUCAUGCGCUCAAGCCUCAAGUGUCCUCCAUAUUCACCUCAUUCUUGGACGGGUUGAAAAAAUUCUACAUCACGAAGUUUAAAGGCUUCGACCCUCAUCAUCUGUGUGUGGCCACGCUGCUGUUUGAGGGGGAUCGUGGGAAGGUUCUGCAGCACGAGAAACAGGUUUACGACAUCGCAGCCAAAUUCGGGGGUCUGGCAGCAGGAGAGGACAACGGUCAGAGGGGCUACAUGCUGACGUUUGUGAUCGCCUAUCUGCGGGAUUUGGGAAUGGAUUACUAUGUGAUCGGUGAGUCGUUUGAGACGUCUGUGCCUUGGGACAGGGUGUUGGAUUUGUGUCGAAAUGUAAAGGAGAGGAUAAUAAGAGAGUGUAAAGAGAGAGGAGUGCAGUUCCCACCGCUGUCCACAUGCAGAGUCACACAGACGUAUGACGCUGGUGCUUGUGUGUAUUUCUACUUUGCCUUUAAUUACCGGGGUCUGAGUGAUCCAGUUCACGUCUACGAACAAGUGGAGCACGCAGCCCGGGAGGAGAUUCUAGCCAACGGAGGGAGUCUGUCGCACCACCACGGAGAUUGGAUCAGUCAGUGGGAAAACUCCGCAAGGAAUGGAUGAAGGAGAGUGUGUCCGGCGUCGGCCUCGGCAUGAUCCAGUCCGUCAAGGAGUUUGUGGACCCACAGAACAUCUUCGGGAGCAGAAACCUGUUGUAAUGAUCUGUUUUCAUAAAUGUGCGUGUGUGAGAGAGAGUGUGUGCGCUCGCGCUCAGUCAUGUGAUAAACAGCAUCUCUGUCUCCA